AUGGCCGCGGGCGCGGCGGGCGUGCCGCCGGCGCAGCUGGGGUCGCUGUGGUCGACGCUCGAGGACCAGCGUGGGGCGCGGGGGGACGUCCCGCUGCUCUCGUCUGCGUGGAGCCUGCCCGGCUCCCAGGCCGGCGGCGACGGGGGGCCCAAGCAGGGGCUGCUCCGGCGCGCCGGCGCCGCCGUGGCGGGGGCGUGGGGCGCGCUCUGCGACGGGGUGGCCGAGAUGUGGGCGUUCGCGCGGGCCGACCGCCGGAAGCCCGUCUUCGCGGCCAAGGUCGGCCUCGCGCUCGCCCUCAUCUCCUUCCUCGUCUUCCUCCGCGAGCCGCGCGACAUCGUCAGCCACUCCGUCUGGGCCAUCCUCACCGUCGUCGUCGUCUUCGAGUUCAGCAUCGGUGCAACAUUGAGCAAAGGUUUCAAUAGGGGUUUAGGAACUCUUACUGCAGGAGGGCUUGCUCUAGCAGUUGCCGAAUUGUCCAAAAACUUGGGUGCAUUGGAAGAAGUGAUCCUUAUUAUAAGCAUCUUUACUGUUGGUUUUAUGACAAACUUGGCAAAGCUACACCCAACAAUGAAGCCUUAUGAAUAUGGAUUUCGUGUAUUCUUGUUGACAUUCGUUUAUGUCAUGGUCUCUGGGUACAACACAGGGAAGUUCACUGAUACGGCUGUAAGUAGAUUUGUAUUGAUUGCUCUUGGUGCUGCUGUCAGUCUGGGAAUCAAUAUAGGCAUUUACCCAAUCUGGGCUGGAGAGGAUUUGCACAGUUUGAUUGCAAAGAAUUUUGCUGGUGUUGCAAAAUCCUUAGAAGGCUGUGUCGAUGGAUAUCUGAAAUGCAUGGAGUAUGAAAGGAUCCCUUCAAAAAUUCUUGUAUAUCAAGCUUCUGAUGAUCCUCUAUAUAGUGGGUACAGGGCAGCUGUCGAGGCGUCAGCACAAGAGGAAACCCUGCUAGGUUUUGCUAUAUGGGAACCGCCCCAUGGUCCGUACAAAACGAGGAACUAUCCUUGGAAGGGCUUCACUAAAGUUGGUGGAGCAUUGAGGCACUGUUCCUUUGCAGUCAUGGCAUUGCAUGGUUGCAUUCUUUCAGAAAUUCAGCACCGCCAGAAAGCAGAAGGGUUUUCAUUUCAGAAAUUCAUAGAGUGGGCAGAGAAGGCGCUAAGGUGUUGCGCGAGCUUGGAGACAAUGUUAAGACAAUGA